AUGCAGAUCAGACUAGCUCAUCGCGAGAUUCUCGCUCACUCGAGCAAUGCACUAAUGGCCGAGGAACUUGAAAUCACUGUUGGCGAGGUCAAGUACCUGCUGAUUCCCAAUGAAGAGAACUUUCUUCACAAUGUGACGGUUGACGACGACUCACUGGCCCUCGUCCUCGUAUACACAACCUCGCCUGGCCAAGUAAUUACCAAGUCAGCUCUCCGCAAGUUCCGGAGCGAUGUGCUUGAUCGAGAUGACGUCUUCAGAGCCGAAUUCUUCUCCAACAUUGUGUUCUUUGGCGCAAAAGAGAAAGAUCUUCGUGUUGAACCGGGUGCGCUGAACGAGUUCGAUGAUGAUCACGUCAAGUCCCAAAUAUUUGUCGCUGGGGAUCCGUCUCUAGACAUUGCGCCUGGCCCUUAUGUUUUCACGCGCGUUCCCGUCGAUAUCCCCCUCGCCGGCAUCGAUGGAAGGGUCGUUGUGCCAUCUCGGUGUUAUUUCAAGCCGUCAAAAGACCGCCCACUUGAUGGUGCCAGGAUCAGUGUCAAAGAUAGCAUUGACAUUGUUGGUCACAAGACCAGUUUGUGCAACCGAGCUUGGAAUGAGUUGUAUCCGCCCAGAACCGAGACCGCAGCAUGCGUGCAGACCCUAGUUGAUGCUGGCGCCAUCAUCGUGGGCAAGGUGAAAUUGAUGGCAAUGAUAAUGCGAGAGGAACCAUUGGAAUGCGUCGAGUUCACAGCCCCGUUCAACCCGAGAGCCGACGGUUACCAAGUCCCUUCUGGGAGCAGCCAUGGAAGCGCCGCUGGGAUUUCCUCUUACGACUGGCUUGACUUCUCCAUUGGCUCGGAUACGAAUGGAAGUUGCCGUAAGCCUGCAUCGUACAACGGAUGCUUCUCGAUCCGCCCUACAACGGGUAUCAUGAACGUCGACGGAGUGGUGGCAUUUUUCCCAGAAUUCGAUAUGCCCGUAUUCUUUGGAAGAGAUAUCUCUCGAUUCGCGGACUUCAUCUCUGUAUGGUACGGAGACUCGCCCAUGCUCCGACAACCUUCUCAGGCUCGAGUCAAGAUUGUUUACCCCGAGGACUAUCUUCCGACGCCUAACCCGCAGCAAAGCUAUCUCAUUGAAAACUUCGUUGCCGGCCUUGAAUCAGCUUUGGGAAUAAAGCGGGUUUCGCUGUCCAUCGCAGAGCUCUGGAGGCGGGAUGUUCCUGACGGCGAAGAGCAUGAUGAUGUAGAAGCGUACUUGAAAGUAGUAUGUGCUACUGGUACCAUCGCCGAGGCGUGGGAUGUGGCCAAAACAGUUUCCAGAGGGGAGCGAGAUGAAUGCUUGCGCCGUUGCAAGGUCUACAGGGAAUGGAUGCUGAAGCGUGUCUUUAACUCAGAUGAUGAGGACUGUGUCACCAUCAUGCCUCUGCCUAUCGAGGUGGGCAAGCCGAACUAUCGCGACUCUGAGCUCCCACCAGAGACGCUGCUUCCCGGCUUCUCCGCUUUACACAUGUCUCCAAUCGUGAGGGCCCCCGAGGUCACAGCUCCAGGUACCGACCUUAUCAUCGCGGAAUUAGUACAGAAGGGUAUGGAGGCAAGCGGCCUGGGUGUCACCGUUGAGACUGGACGUAGAAUUCACAGAGAAUAG